AGCAGAAGCCUUCUAUCUAAAGCACCGGGCUGGGGAGGCGCCAGAAUAAUAUGUCCACAGAAUCCACUACAGCAGAGCCCUCUAUCAAAGUCACCACUACUCCUACGACUACGUCUCUUCGCCCAUGGAUCCACCCGCAUCUAACGCACAGCGUGAACCCAAUUAAGGGCCGCCAGCUCGAAACAUCCCAUCCCAUCAAGAAAGGCGAAGUCCUCCUCAUCGACACACCAUAUGCGAUCAUCCCAGCUGUAGAUGCCGCAGGGAGCGCCCUCCUCUGUAGCAAUCCCCAAUGCAACCGUCUCGUCUCGCCCAACACGGGGCAAUCUUGUCCGAAUCGGUGCCUCGCAGACGUAAUCUGGUGCAAUCAAACGUGUCGCCAGACGGAUCAACGGCGCCAUGAAUUCGAAUGCGCCUGGCUCAGCAGAUACGCUACCUCGGUACGCUCGAAACGCGGCGAGUACAAUUUCGGCAUGCUCUGGCUAAUCGUGCGCAUCCUUGCAAGACAAAAUACCGACACGCUCCUGUCCGAUCUGGCGGAGGAGCAGGAGGAGGAGUCUAAUCCAGGCUUCCAGCACGGCUGGGAGGCGAUCCAGUCGCUUUGCGGGUCGACCGAAACCUGGUCUCAUGAGCAGGUACGGUCCUGGACCGGAUUAGCGAAGAAAUAUCUCGGACCUGCAGCGUUGCCGCAUGGAAUGAACGCCGAGAAUGUCCUCGCUUUAAUCUGCAAGGAAGAAGCAAACUCGUUUGGUCUGUAUCCCCGCGAAACAGGAAUAUUUCAUCCCUUGCCUACUCCGCCAGUGGAUCGAGGGGAGCAGUUUGGCGCAGCGGUGUAUCCAAGGGCAUCGAUUGCGAAUCACUCCUGUUGUCCGAAUAUUAUACACAAACCCGAUGGGUAUGGUCGGAUGGUCUUCACUGCGUCAAGAGACAUCGAAGCUGGUGAAGAGUGCUGUAUAUCUUAUUUUGAUAUGACGCAGUACAUCGAUGUCAAGGAUCGGAGAGAGCACCUUCAGACCUUAUUUAGAUUUGUCUGUGGCUGCCCGAGGUGUGCAGCAGAAGAAGUACCGGGAGACAAUGAUCUCCAAUGGGACGCCUUUCCGGGGAUGGAUUGAUGUUAUGGAUGGAUUUUGCACCUGUAUUUAUUCCAAGCAUUAAUACUAGCAUGUAGUGCUG